AGUUAAUGUCAAAUUCCAAAUUGUUCAAAUCCUAUGAGAGCAAAAAAUCACUCUGAUAAUUUGGAAAACCACAAAGAGCAAUACGAAUUUUUUUUUGAAAGAAAAAGAAAAAAAUAACUAUGGAGGAAACAACUCUUUAGUUUAGAGACAAAAAGUUGAAUAGCAAAAAGCAGGACAUUUACCGUAUAACCAAAAAAACAUUAAAACAUGUACUAAAAAACUUUAGUGGAUUUUUGUGUACAAUUAGUUACCAAUCGUAAAAACCCAACCUAUCGUAACUUACGAUAAAUGGUCAACCUUGCAAAUUGUUAGAUGAUCCUGGAUUUAGAAUGAUAACGAACCAAAUUGUUAAUACAUAGGUGAAGACUUAGACAAAAAACCAGUGCGUGGAUGAUGAGAAUUUUUUUCCUUUAUGAAUAUAUCGCGGGAAAACUACAUCUUUAUGGUUCUUAAUGAUUUCCAGUCAUAAUCUGUCAAAAAAGAAAUUCGAUAAUUUGUUUUAAAAGACUAUGCAAGAUAAUUGAACGAUUUUUAUAAAAUGUAUCACUAGAAAUCAACUAGGAAAAUCUAGCAAGUUUCAACUUCGUGUUAAAAAUUUAGCUUCCUGAAGCUAUCAAAAAACAUUAAAUUGUCUUUUUGUCUCCUCUAAUGUUCUAGAAAAUUUCGUUAACUGGCGUGUCUAAACACCAAAAAAAUCUAGGUGAUUAUUUCAAAGAAAAUCUUAACGAGAUGAAAUCAUGCAGUAAACCGAAUAAUUUCCUUAGCAAAUACUUAUCUGAUAAAAAUAAUAUACAUUCAAUUAAAAAUAUUAUUCGAAUGUUAUGGCUUUCAUUUGUUGUAACUAUGCCAUGCAUAGCGCCUGGAAUGAGUUUUGGAUAUUCUUCGAUCGAAUUGGAUCAACUACCAUUGACAAUGAGUGAAGGCUCUUGGUUUGCUAGUCUUCCGUCAGUAUUAAUGCCAAUUGGAUGUUUGCUUAAUGGACCAUUGAUGGAUCGUUAUGGCCGUAAAACGGCGCUUCUUGUCUUAAAUUUUCCAUGUUUUGUAGGAUGGUUCUGUUUAGCUAGCCAACCAAAAAAUUUAUUAAUAUUGUACAUUGGGCGAUUAUUAGUUGCCAUUUCAGUAGCCUUGUCAAUAAAUCCUGCUGUAGUUUAUGCCGCAGAAUGCAUUACAGUAAAUUACACAGAACUAAGAGGUUGUUUUAUGAUAUUGACUUCAAUUAUGCUUGACUUUGGGAUGUUCCUUACAUUUUUUCUCGGACUGUUGAUGCCAGCGACAUCAGUCGCCUACAUUGCAGCGGUCAUUUCACUUAUAUCUUUUUUUAUCAUUUGUAUUUUUAUUCCUGAAAGUCCUCUUUGGCUAUUCGAACAGGGUCGCAACGGAGACGCUGAAUUAUCACAAAAAGUUUUGCGAAUAACUCAACCUAUAUUACAAGAAAAUAAAGUUCAAUUAGCUGUAAAAACUUCUGUUGAACACUCGUAUUUUUACGUAAGAGUGCGCGAUCCGGACGUCUAUAAACCAAUUUUUAUAAUGACUACAUUUUUUUUUUUGCAACAAAUGAGUGGAUCUUUUGUGUUCACAUCUUAUAUGAUACAAAUACUGCAAAACUUGAAUAUUACCGUGAACAGUUAUCUAAUAUUAUUAUUAGUUGGAUUAAUUAACCUUUGUUCUAUUAUAUUGCUAUCAUUUUCAUUAAGUCAAAAAGGAUUCAAACCAUUAUUAUAUUUGUCAUGCAUUGGAGUAUCAUUUUCCAUGAUAGUAUUAAGUGUUUUUUUGUACCUUAAUGUAAAAAAUACAAUAAUAGUCAAUGUUGUUAUAUUAUCUUGUUUAUUUUUGUAUACAACAAUGAAUGGUUUAGGUUUAAGACCCAUACCUUACGCUAUGAUAGGAGAAGUAUUCCCAAGCGAUGUUGCAGGAAUGGGUAGUUCAUUUACUGUAUGUUGCGCUUCCUUGUUUAAUUUCACUGCAAUUAAAUUGUAUCCAUACUUAAACAUAUGGUUAGGGCCAGGAGUGUACGUUACAUAUGGACUAAUUGCUUUACUCACUUUUAUAUUUGUAGCAACUUUCCUUCCUAAUACCAAAGGCAAGACUUUGAAACAAAUUGGCGAUCAUUUUACUAGAAUAGACAAAAAAACUUCUAGAGAAGUAUAUUUAAAUUAAGGCAACUUACAAAUCUGAAACUAAUGUUACUCAUAUAUCAAUCAAUUUUUAAUGUAUCAAUUAUUGAAAUUUGUCUUUUUAUUUUCUUAUAAAACAUAAGUUGUUUAAUUAUUAUUAAAAUGAAUGUGUGAAAACUUUU